CGCACUGACGUCAGCUAUAUAAAGGCCCGCAGCCCCUUUGUUCGUUUUCAGUGCGUCGUUUGCAGCUGUGGCGUCUGGUUCGUGGUGGGAGUAGAAGGCAGUUUUUUUAAGCAAGCGGCUGCCGGACAGAUAGUGUAAAAAUGGUGGAAGCAGAUCGUCCUGGAAAGCUGUUCAUUGGUGGGUUGAAUACAGAGACGAAUGAGAAGGCUCUUGAAUCUGUUUUUGGCAAAUAUGGUCGCAUAGUGGAAGUUCUUCUCAUGAAAGAUCGUGAAACCAAUAAGUCAAGAGGAUUUGCAUUUGUCACCUUUGAGAGCCCUGCAGAUGCCAAGGAUGCUGCCAGAGAUAUGAAUGGAAAGAUGGAGAGAAGCCAAAUUAAAGUGCUGGAACAGGCCUACCUAAAGCCGGCAACCUUUGAAAGUGGUAGACGUGGGCCCCCUCCCCCUCCAAGGAGCCGAGGCCCUCCCAGAGGUCUUAGAGGUGGAAGAGGUAGCAGUGGAGCACGGGGUCCUCCUUCAAGAGGAAGCCACUUAGGUUCUUCUAGGGGCCCUCUCCCAAUGAAGAGAGGUCCACCUCCACGCAGUGGGGGCCCACCACCUAAAAGACCUGCUCCUUCAGGACCUGUACGUAGCAGUAGUGGAAUGGGAGGCAGAGCGCCCCUGUCACGUGGCAGAGACAGCUAUGGAGGCCCACCUCGGAGAGAGCCACUGCCAUCACGAAGAGAUGUCUACUUGUCUCCAAGAGAUGAUGGUUACAGCACUAAAGACAGUUACUCAAGUCGAGAUUAUCCAAGUUCCAGAGACACAAGGGAUUAUGCUCCACCCCCACGAGAUUAUGCCUACCGUGAUUAUGGUCAUUCCAGUUCACGUGAUGAGUACCCCUCAAGAGGUUACAGUUAUUCCUCUUACAGUGACCGUGAUGGCUACGGGGGGCGUGACCGGGACUACUCCGAUCACCCAAGUGGAGGCUCUUACAGAGAUUCAUAUGAAAGUUAUGGUAACUCACGUAGUGCUCCACCUGCACGAGGGCCCCCUCCAUCUUAUGGUGGAAGCAGUCGCUAUGACGAUUACGGGAGCACCCGAGAUGGGUAUGGUGGAAGUCGAGACAGUUACUCAAGCAGCAGAAGUGAUGUCUACUCAAGUGGUCGUGAUCGUGUUGGAAGACAAGACAGAGGCCUGCCCCCUUCUAUGGAAAGGGGCUAUCCGCCUCCACGGGAUUCAUACAGCAGCUCGAGCCGCGGAGCACCCAGAGGUGGCGGCCGUGGAGGAAGUCGCUCUGAUAGAGGUGGAGGCCGAAGCAGAUAUUAAACCUUUGAAAUUAUUGGACCAAAUCAGUUUUUUCCUCAAACAAAUGGAAUGUGGAAGUUCUAUCUUCACUCCCAGAGGACUACUGAAAAGUUGUUUUUACCUUUUUUUAUUGUUGCCUGUUAAGUUCCCCUCCAUGACUUAUGUUUUUUGUGAGGAAAAAGUAAACACUUGUUGUUUCAUUUCAAAAAUGUUAAUAUUUCUCUCAAAAAGCAGAUGUUAAUGUAUGACAUUUGAGCCUGUAUUACUAGUGUUGUAACUUUCACAGUAAAACGUUAACCCUAAAAUGCCUCACUUCUCACCUCAUCAAUGAGACCAGCAAACUUAAGGCUCCCCAUACAACGUGCAGCCAUCUAAAAUGGCCAUGGAUCAUUCUACGUAUGCAAACGUGCCAUUUUUCUAGGCACCAUUUUAGUUGUUGGAGGGUGGUGGGGAUGUGUGCCAAAUUAAAAUGUUAAGUGCCAAAAUGCACACAAAGCUCAAAUAUGAAAUUUCUUCAGCGUUGUAUAAAAUGCAAGAUACCAUUCAGUCAUUAAAUCAAAACAACAAAUGGAUAAUGCUGAAUGUGCAUUGUGCCUUCCUACAUGUUUCAUUUGGGAAUUUGCAAGAACCUCAUUCCCCCCAAAUAAAAUGAUAAUCUGUAGUAAGCAAACUACAGAGCUCUGUAAAUAAAAGGUUUGACCGGUUCCAUCAAAGAAGCUACAAAACAAUACUUGCUCUUACUGUUUCAAAUUUUUGCAACCCUGUAGUGUCUCACUUUUAAAGGAACAGCUUUGACUCCAAAGGCAAAAUGGAGAAAAUAAGAUAAUCAAAGAAGUCUUUCUCUCCAACUUCUGAAAGGCUUAUGGCUUCAUAUAAACAGUGAAACUUACAGCAUUCCACAACAGAUUUAAAGCAUCAAAUGCCUGUGAAACAGCAAAGAUGGUAAGCAAAGCAAACUAGUUUUUCAGUCUAAGUCAAACUUGAAAUCAAAAAUAUCAUCCUAGUACGGUAGGAUAUGCUGUACAUCAUGGCAAUGGAAGUUCUUUCUAGAUGUAAAGAAUGCAGCACCCAAUGGAAAAAAACCUGUGCUGGAUAACCUUAGGUGAAGCCUUCCAAAUUCAACAUAACCUUAUCUUGGAUGGAAGUGUGUAUGGCACAAAGCUUUUGAAAAUGACACUUUAAAAAAGCAGCUCAUUAUAGACACAAUGUAUUUUUGUAAAAAGGGUUGGGAGGGGUCGCUGUUUGCCCAGUAUGUUUCAAAUGAAGAUAUUUAAUCAGGCUCCUCUAUAUGUUAAGAAAUUAAAGCCUUAACGUAAACCGAAAUUGGCUUAACUUGCCAAAAUCUAGAUCAUCUUGGGGAAUUUCAAGCAAGCCAUAAUUACAAACCUGAUGUUUAGUUGGAUGCCUGAUCUCUUUUUGUACUGUAGUCUUGUGUGGGGAGUAUUGAUGCAAAAUGGCAUGACCUGUGGCACAUUUUCAUGACCCAGGUGCAGCCACGAAGUUCAAAGAUGCUCUUGAUAAAACUUGAAGACCUCCAACUAAAGUUCCACUGUAGUCCUCAAAAUAUAUUUGCCAAAUCAACCUAUGGAUUGACCAUGAAAAUCACCAUUGGAAAGAAAAUAAGAAUCCAUAAGCCAUGCAACUUAUCACUAAGCCACCAGUCCAUUUCCAAGCCAGUGAACCUUCCACCUCAAACUAAAGCAUUAGAGCUUGAAACAGCUUAAUCGGCAAACCCAGGCGCACCGAUUUGUGUUUUUGGGGGGAGGUUGUGGGCUUGGGCAUUUUGUCCUAGCUCUAUUUUUCAUAUCUGUUAACUGUUGCAGGUUGACCACCUAAGAAGAUGGGACUUGAGGUAACUACUUGAAUUGAUGAUGGGCAUGGGCAGCAAUGAUAUUGGCUGAAACAGUACAUCAGGUGCUUGAUUAAUUGUGGAUGAUGAAGAGUGGAUUCUCGUGGUGAAUGCAGCUGUUGGGCAGGUUUAAAAUACAGGUGCAGGGAGAUUUCAGAAGGAAGACAAGAUGUCAUUGUGCAUCUUGAUUAUAGGUCCAGGAAAGGCAUUAGGAAGCAGUCCUUACCUUUUGUGUCUGCCUCCUUUUGUGAACUACUUGCCUUUCCUGAUACAUUACCAAAUUGAGGAUGAGGAAGAGUACCAGAAAUGAAACUAUCAGCUAGUCAUCACAGAAAAAUCCUAUUUUUUUUUUAAUUUGAGAAAAGUCUAGAGCAGAUUAUUUUGCAAUCUUUUCCAAAAAAUCUUCUAAGGGGAUGCACAAACUACCCCAACUGGUGAGAUACUAGUAGCUCCUGAGCUUCCUGUUGGGAGAUCCCUGUUGUAGCAGGCACCAUUAUUAAAAUCCUACAGAUAGUAGCUGUUUUUGCAGCAACACUAGAAAGCCCACAUUUGGCUCCUUUGAAUUAGGAAUGCCUGAAAUGUCUGAGACGCCUGGGCUUAUCUGAGUACCUAAUUAAAUUGUAGUAAAGUUACACAUUCUGUAGCUGCAAGCAGAUGAUUUUAAAACACUGUGUGCAAUACAAGUCAAACUGGUUGACAAACACCUGUGUAGGGGAUUAGGGGUUCUAUCCCUUAUACCAGCGGUUCCCAGCCUUUUUGGUUUGGUGACUAACAAGUCUAAAAUUUAUUUGGUAUGGUGACUCCUUCAGGGUCAGCAUCCUAGACAGACCGCAACUUUGGCAGCCAACUAGUUAAGCAUUCUGUUUUCUACUGUGGCUGACCAGAUGCUUUUGAGAAACCAAUACGACAUGGUGCUGUUUUUAGAGUUAGAUCUUGGUUUCCAAAAAAGAGCAUUGGAGAGGGCAGGGGCAGCCCUUAGAGGAGUGCAGCCCAUGACAGCCCCUCUUGGGGCCCAGUUCACAGGUGGGGAAACACUGCUUUACACCACAAUAUUUGGAAAAGGGCAGGAGUUGCAAAUGGCAUGAUUUUAGUAGGUUUUAUUAGCCUUUUAAAUAAAAGUUUUCUUUGAAUAAAA